AUGAAGCCCAUCUCAUCGGCAGCUCUCACCUGCGCCCUCGCCUCAACGGCCUGGGCCGCAUCCUAUACCGAAUCCCUCCUCGGCCUACACAAGACCCUCGUCGAAGCCGACUCGACGACCAAAUCCGAAGCCCUCGGAACACAAGCUCUCAAAGGCUACCUCGAGACGAACUUUACAGUCGAGCUCCAAACAGUCGAAGGAACCCGCCAAAACGUCUUUGCCUAUCCCGGCACCGCCCGCGAAGCUCGCGUCCUCGUCACAUCGCACUUUGACACAGUGCCGCCUUACAUCCCUUACUCCCGCUCCGGCGAUGAGAUCCGUGGUCGUGGGACUUCUGAUGCGAAAGGAAGUGUUGCAGCGCAGGUUAUCGCUGUGGAGGAGCUUCUCGCGAGCGGGGAGAUUGCCGAGGGGGACGUCGCGCUGUUAUAUGUCGUUGGUGAGGAAUCUGGAGGCGAUGGUAUGGGAGCCGCAAAUGAGCUGGGCUUAACGUGGGAAUCCGUCAUCUUUGGCGAGCCCACGGAAAAUACCCUCGUCCGGGCGCACAAGGGCGUGCUGGGGUUCAAUAUCACAGCCGACGGCGUCGCAGGCCAUUCUGGGUAUCCCGAGUACGGUCGGAGCGCGAUCGACCUGCUCGUGCGCGCCUUGGAUAAGAUUCAAGACACGAAGCUGCCGUGGACGGAAGAGUUUGGGAACACCACGUUGAAUGUGGGCUUGAUUGAGGGCGGGGUCGCCACGAAUGUGAUUCCGGAGAGCGCAUCGGGGAGGGCGUCGAUUCGGGCUGCGACGGAGGAUUUACAGGGGAUUCAGGAUGUGCUGCAAAAGGCUGUGUCGGAGGUGACGCCGGAGUAUGUCAAUUUGACGUUUACUGGGUUUGGUUUGCCCGUGAGUCUGGACUACGAUGUUGAAGGCUUCAACACUACUGUGGUGAACUAUUACACGGAUGUGCCACGCCUGAAUGGAACCCAUAAGCGUUACUUAUACGGACCUGGGACUAUUUUAGUGGCUCACUCGGCUGACGAGCGCAUCACUGUUCAGGAUCUCGAGCUUGCUGUGGAGGACUACAAGAAGCUCAUCCUCGCUUCCUUGAAGUGA